GUUAUUCUACUCGCAAAACGUAGUCAGUGAGGUCGUUACGUCUUUCUGUUGUUACUAAUUCGAUUUGUUUUUCCGACAUUAAAACUAUGUCGUUGGCUGUCUUCGUAACACCUAAACUCGUUCGUAUUCUUGAUCCAAACUCAAAUCUCGUAGAUGUAUGGGUGGUUGAAUUUCCAUUUUGGUUGGCGAAAUAUCUGUGCGACCAAAAAACCCACAAUGAAAAUGACCAGCAAUUGAAUUCAGUCUGUCAGAUGGCUCCUUCCACAUUCAAUGUUUCGUCUGGCAAUAUUCCAUAUCCCAAUAUGGAGCAUGUAGCUCCAACUGAUUUUCAGCCCACAGCCAAUGUUCCUGAUCAUCAUCAGUUUCCAAUUGGCCUGUUAGAAUCCAAGGAGGAACUGUUUGUGAUGGACCCUAUUAGUGAUGAUCAAAACUGUGAUUGUAUAACACAACUUCACAACAUUGCAGAAUAUUCCAAUCUUCCAAUGUGUGUGCAUGCAAACUUAACACCAUCACAUGGCUACUAUUCAGACAACAUGGCAUUGCUUCACCCAACAAAUGGUCUUAGUGGAGAUCAUUUACCAGUUGAACAAAAUUAUCACAUGGAAAACCCAACCUAUCAUGAAAGGGCAAUCCCUAAACAACCCCAAACUUUUGAAACACAUCCCUGCUAUCCUGAUGCACCCUUUCUCCCAGUUUGUAUUCAUCAAGGGAAUGAGCUACACGUCUACUCUGAAAAUUUCUGUGGUUCCGCCAGACCAGAAAAUUUUGUAAUGCAUACCACGGAAAACGGAUCAUUUUUUAUUGAAAAUGAGCUUUCAGAAAUUUCAGGAUUUGUCUCCAGCAGCUUGCAGAACUGGUGGUUCUCUCAUCCAUUGGGACAGGUACUGAAGAACAAACGAGGAUUGUCUUGCUGCUUUGUUCUCCCGUCCGGUAAUGUAUGUUAUGUGAAAUUUACGCCCCAUGGAAUCAAGUUCUCGAGUAACCAACGGGGGAUUGUGUAUGUGAUUGACGAAGCCGGAGUUCGCACCUGCUGGGAAUCGUUCACAUCUUUAGAGGAAAUGAUUUCGGAAAGAGACCUGUUGAAAAGCAAAUCUGAUCGGCUCCAGGGAGACUUCAAGGAAACCUGUAACUGUGGAGCAUCAUCGUGCUUUCAUCAGGGACAACCUAGAUCAGUGUCAUGGAACUCAAGCUCUAAGGAUGAAACAAUUCGCAUUGAGCGAAAAGGAUUGCGAUUCUUUGCGGAAACGCAGGAAUUAAAAAAUUUGAACCUUGGGUUGGAAGAAUAUUAUAUGAGUUCAACUCUUCAUCAUUUCGGCGAGCGAAGCGGUCAUAUCUAUAUCAAAAGUUGUCAAUACCGUUUCAGCCAGAGCGUCUUUUUCAAUGGGAAAUCGCUUCUAGUCAAAUUUCACACUCAAUCGGCUCGUUUAGAUAGUCAUGGCCGCUUGUCGCUAAGUAACUGCUAAUUCUGGAAAAAAUUGACGCUCAAAAGCAGGAACGGUUGUAAGCCAAACAACAAUGAAUUUGUUAAAAAUCUCCGUGUUAUUACCCCAGUUUUCUUGAUAUUUCUAUUGGUCAUAUUAUCGUUGUCUAGAUAUUAUUUUUCUACCAUGUUUCUGGCGUAUUAUUUUUUGUUGACUAUCGUUUAGUCAUAUUUUGGCGUUUUCUUGUUUAGAAAUUUAUGAACCCUCAUACUUAAAAAAAAAAUGAGUAUGGUAUAUUGACGAUUUCGGUUAAAUGAAAAGGUUAAUUAUUUUGACCUUGCACGUAUUAAAACGUUGCCCAGAUAAAUUUACUGUGAUAACACGAAAUGUGUGUCGACUGUUGAUAUACACAGCAUUACUGAAC